CCGGUGGACAACUAAAAAUGGCGGUCACCGACUUCUUCGCCGGAGAGAUUGCCACCGAGCUUCUCAAAAUGCUAAUAAGCAUAACAAGAAAAGCCUGCCUCUGCAAGCCUAGUGCCGAGCAGCUUCUGGUUUCCAUUGAAGAACUCCUUCCAAUCAUUGAAGAAAUCAAGUACUCCGGCGUCGAGCUGACGGCCACACGUCAGAUGCAGCUCGAUGUUCUCUCUAGAGCUCUCCACGACGGUCACGAACUCGCCGGGAAAGUCCUCGCCUCCAGCCGGUGGAACGUCUACAAGAACCUACAGUUGUCACGGAAGAUGGAAAAGGUCGAGAAGAAGAUAUCGAGGUUCCUACGUGGCCCCCUCCAUGCACACGUCCUUGCUGACGUGCAUCACGCGAGGUUCGAGGCCACCGAGCGAUUUGAUCGGCUUGAAGGCUCCAAUCGGCGGCUGGAGCAGCGGCUGGGAUCCAUGAAGAUUGGAGGAAGCGGGUGGUUGGAGGAGGCAGUGAAGGAGAUCGAUGAGGAGGAGCAGUACGAGUGUAGUUUGUUGAAGGUGGGGAUGGAAUUGGGGAAGAGGAAAGUUAAGGAUAUGAUUCUUGAUAAAGAUGAUUUUGUUGUUAUUGGGAUUAAUGGAAUCGGUGGUAGUGGUAAAACUACUUUGGCCAGAGAGAUUUGCAGAGACGAUGAAGUUCGAAGUUACUAUAACAACAAGAUUUUGUUCCUGAAGGUAUCCCAAUCUCCGAAUGUCGAGCAAUUAAGACAACAGAUUGGGGAGUUCAUUUCAGAAUCCAGAAUCAAUGGGUGUUCCGAUAUAGCCCACCAGUGGACACUUCAAUCUAAUUCAUGGAACACAGUGACACCUAUCCUCGUGGUUUUGGAUGAUGUUUGGUCACUUCCAGUUCUCAAUCAGCUUAUCUUUAGGGUUGCUGGUUGCAAGAUUCUUGUGGUUUCUCGUAUCAAGUUUCAAUCUGAACUUAUCACUUCAACCUAUGAGUUAGAAUUGCUUCGUGAAGAAGAUGCGAUCUCCCUUUUCUGUCACACAGCUUUUGGGAAAACCUCAAUUCUUCCUGGUUCUGAUGAGAAUCUGAUCAAACAGAUUGUGGAGAAAUGCAAAGGGCUUCCUUUGGCUCUGAAAGUAAUCGGAGCUUCGCUCAGAGACCAGCCAGAAAAGUACUGGAUAGGGGCCAAGAACAGAUUAUCACGAGCUCAACCGAUCUGCGAUUCCCACGAAACUGAAUUGCUUAACCGGAUGAAACUGAGCAUCGAUUACCUUUCUGAUAAGGUGAGGGAUUGUUUUCUUGAUUUGGGUUCUUUCCCAGAAGACAAGAAGAUACCCUUAGAUGUUCUCAUAAACAUAUGGACCGAACUUCAUGAUAUCGAUGAAGCAGAUGCGUUUGCUAUUAUUGUCGAGCUUUCAAGCAAAAAUCUUCUCACCCUUGUGAAAGAUUCAAGGGGUGGAGCUAAUUAUAGUAGCAAGUGUGAGAUCUUGGUCUCCCAACACGAUGUGCUAAGAGAUCUUGCUAUUCAUAUGAGCAGUCUUGAGAGCGUUAAUCAGCGACGAUGGCUUGUUAUGCCCAGACGAGAAAACGGGGUUCCAAAAGAAUGGGAAAGGAAUAUCGAUCAGCCGUUUCACGCACAGAUUGUUUCCGUUCAUACAGGUGAAAUGAGAGAAAUGGAUUGGUUGAAAAUGGAAUUUCCUAAAGCUGAAGUCCUAAUCUUGAACUUCGAUUCGACCGACUAUUUCCUGCCUCCAUUCAUCGAAAACAUGCCUAAACUCCGAGCCUUAGUGUUAAUAAACUAUCUUAACAGCACGAAAACCGCACAGCUUCGCAACUUAUCGGUUUUAGCCAAAUCGACCAAUUUGAGAAGCCUCUGGUUCAAAAAAGUGACCAUUCCCCAACUUCCCAAGAUCACGUUACCCCUCACAAAAUUGCUUAAAAUCUCAUUAAUACUCUGCAAGAUAGACCUCAAAGAUCAACCCGAACUCGACCUCUCUCACCUCUUCCCUCGCCUAAACGAGCUCACAAUGGACCACUGUGUCGAAAUGACCAAACUGCCCUCGAGCAUUUGCCAAGUGAAAACACUCAAGAGCCUAAGCAUCACCAACUGCGAAAUAGAAGAACUCCCGUCUGAUCUCGGUAAAUUGUUGUUUUUACAAAUCUUGCGGGUCUACGCUUGCCCGAAGCUGAAAAUGCUUCCAUCAGGGAUCAAGAACCUUAUAUGGUUGGAACACAUCGAUAUCUCCCAGUGUGUUGCUCUUCAUUGUCUUAAUGAAGAAAUCGGUGGUUGUGGGAGUUUAAAGGAUAUCGAUAUGCGGGAAUGCCUGCAGAUAAAGAGGUUGCCGAAAUCGGUAGCGUGGUUGCGAUCGUUGAGACAGGUCGUAUGUGACGAAGAGGUUUCGUGGCUGUGGAAAGAGAUCGAGAAAGAGGUCCCGGGCCUUUGUGUUCAAGUAACGGAACAAAAUCAUGAUCUUGAAUGGCUUAAGGAGUAAAUAUAUCAUUUUUUUUUAUCUUUUUCAUAUCUUGUAGAUAUUAACGAGAUAAAUAGAUGAUAUUAAUCGAGAUUUCUUCGCACUCUUUUGGGUUUUCC